AAAAAGUAUAUGGAGCUAACGAAAGGUGCUGCUGACAAUUACCAUCAGUCAUGGUGGAAAAGGCAUGGAGUAGUCCUUGAUGGAGAGAUUGGCGCUCUUUACUUUAAACAAGGAAAUUAUGAUCUUGCUGCUAAGUCAUAUGAAAAAAACUGUGCUCUUUAUGCUGGAGAAGGAUGGCAAGACUUGUUGGCUGAUGUUCUUCCUAAUCUGGCAGAAUGCCAGAAAAUCCUAAAUGAUCAAGCUGGCUACCUUUCAUCAUGUGUUCGGCUAUUAUCAUUGGAUAAAGGUUUAUUUUCAAUUAAGGAAAGGCAAGCUUUUCAGUCUGAGGUUGUUCGACUGGCUCCUGGUGAGAUGAAGCAUCCAGUGCCUCUAGAUGUUUCAUCAUUAAUUACAUUUUCCGGAAAUCCCGGUCCACCACUUGAGCUAUGUGAUGGUGACCCUGGUACAUUGUCAGUAACUGUGUGGAGUGGUUUUCCUGAUAAUAUUGCUCUUGAGUCUCUUAGCUUGACAUUAAUGUCGACAUUUAGUACUGAUGAAGGAGUGAAGGAUAUAAAAUGCUCGAAUGAGCCUGUACUAAAACCUGGCCGUAACCUUGUUAUGCUUGAAUUACCACCCCAAAAGCCAGGGUCCUAUGUAUUAGGUGUUCUUACGGGGCAGAUUGGGCAGUUGAGAUUCAGAUCACAUAGCUUUUCUAAAGGUGGGCCACCAGAUAGUGAUGAUUUCAUGAGUUAUGAAAAGCCAACCAAGCCUGUAUUGAAGGUGCACAAACCAAGACCUUUAGUUGAUAUUACUGGGGCAGCAUCAUCUGCAUUGUUAAUAAAUGAAGUUCAAUGGGUUGGACUAAUUGUAAGUCCAAUGAACUACUCCCUUAAAGGUGCUAUCUUGCAUAUAGAUACUGGUCCUGGAUUGAUGAUUGAAGAAUCUCAAAUGAUUGAGAUGGAGCUCUACAGAAAAUUGACAGAUCAUUUUGUCAAACAAGAUGCAUGUUCAACUGAAGUAUGUGAGAAGUUGCUGCUAGAAAAAGGCCAACUAGCUUUUCCAGACUGGGCUGGUGAUGUAGCUACUGUCUUGUGGCUUCCUGUUCGUGCCAUUGACAACAUGCUGGCUCGUGGAACCUCUUCUGUAAAUCCUUCUCGGCACAGUGUUGUAGAUGGAAUGAGGAUGAUUGCUUUGAAGCUUCAAUUUGGGAUUUUUCGAAACCAAAUAUUUGAGAGGCAUGUGGUGAUUUUGAUAUUUCUUUUUAUUAUUUAUCAUUGGAAUUUACAAUCAAACAUGUACAUGCCAAAUCCUUUGUAGUUGCUGCAAACUUCUCAGUU